AUGUCUGAACUAUUCCAGCCCCUCCGUAUCGGCAAUGUCGAGCUAAAGCACAGAGUCGUCAUGGCGCCCCUCACUCGCUUGCGCGCGGAUGCCGAACAUGUCCCUCUUCCAAUGUCCACUCCAUACUAUGAGCAACGCGCUUCAGUCCCUGGAACAUUGAUCAUUGCCGAAGCGACCCUGAUCUCAGCCCCUGAAGCUGGAAUCCCCCACGGACCAGGAAUUUGGACCGAGGCCCAGAUCACAGAAUGGAAGAAGAUCACAGAUGCCAUCCACGCCAAAGGCAGUCACGUUUUCUGCCAAUUGAUUGCCCUGGGUCGAGCAGCUAGCCCCGAGGAGCUGAAGAAGGGAGGAAACGAGCUCUUCGCGCCUAGCCCAAUUGCGAUGGAAGAGGGCAUGCCGGUCCCGAAGGAACUUGGCGAAAAGCAGAUUCAGAGCAUUAUCGCUGACUUUGCAACUGCUGCGAAAAAUGCGGUUCGUGCCGGAUUUGACGGUGUCGAGGUUCACGGCGCCAAUGGGUACUUGGUCGACCAAUUCUUGCAAGAUGUCACAAACCAAAGAACCGAUCAAUGGGGCGGAAGCGUUCCCAACCGCGCUCGGUUUGGCAUCGAGGUGGCCAAGGCUUUGGUUGACGCGGUUGGAGCCGAGAAAGUCGGUUUCCGUCUUAGCCCAUGGAAUACCUGGCAGAGUAUGAAGAUGGCAGACCCAGUUCCUCAGUUCUCAUUCCUCGUGGAACAGCUGAAGACUCUCAAACUUGCGUAUCUUCAUGUUGUCGAGUCACGUGUGAUCAACAACGUGGACUGUGAAAAGGGGGAGAGCAUUAAGUUCCUUCUCGAUAUUUGGGGCAAGACAUCACCUGUGCUUGUCGCGGGUGGAUAUAACCCUGGCAAUGUCAAAGGUGCAUACGAGGAUGAAUACAAGAACAACGACGUUGCUGUUGUCUUUGGUCGGCAUUUCAUCUCGAACCCCGACCUUCCGUUCCGAAUUCAGCACCAGCUUCCUCUUACCCCGUACGACCGGUCGACUUUCUAUACGGCUACGCAGGCAGCUGGCUACGGAGACUAUGCCUUCAGCCCAGAGUUCAUUAAGCAGCAUUAA